AUGCAUGAUACCAUGUUUAGUGACAUAAACUCUGCCACAGAAUGUGCAUUACUAUUUCCGAUAACUAUUUCAGAAUGCUACGAGCUUGUUUCUGUGACAAUGGAACGUGCUCAUAUAUUUCUUAAUUGUAUUAAUAAUAUUGACCAAAAGAAUCGCACGUUCUCAAACACAGCCGAAUAUCUUGAUAUCACCAUAAACGAUUUAAGUGCGUCUGUUUCACUUCUUUUUGUCAUACAGAAUGUAUUUCCAACCAAAGAGAUACGAGAUGGGUCUAGAGACCUGAUGAACAAAUUGAAUACAUUUUUUAUUGAUAAUUUUUCAUCAAAUCGGAAACUAUAUUAUGCUUUGAAGGAUUUGAAAGAGAGUGAAUCAUAUCAAACUGAGUACAUGGGAAAAAAGGGUCGAGAUGCCGAGUAUUCAUACUGGCUGGAAGAAAAACUGUCUCAUUGCAAGCUCAGUGGAACGGAACUUCCAGAAAAUGAUUUUCAGAAAGUAACGAAGUUGCAGGAGGAAAUCGCUGAACUAUGCAUAGCAUUUCAACAAAAUAUUAAUGAGGAUGCGACAGAGCUUCAGUUUUCUACUGAUGCUUUGAAAGGUGUAUCAGAGGAUAUUCUGACCUCGCUAAAGAAAGGGGAUGAUCAUACAUACAUUUUAAAAAUUGAUUAUCCAACGUACUUUGAGGUACUGAAGAGUUGUGAAGUUGCAUCUACGCGCCAAGCUAUGUAUACUGCCUUCAAUAACAGAGCAUAUCCACUAAAUAAUGAUGUUUUGCGUGCUGUCAUUAACAAACGGCAUCAACUUUCUCUCAUACUUGGAUAUGUUUCGUAUGCGCAUCUUAGUUUGGAGGACAAAAUGGCGAAGUCACCCGAUGUUGUGCAGAGCUUUAUAGAUGAACUGAUACCGAAAUUGAAAAGAAAGUGUGCAGAUGAAAUUGAAUUAAUCAAGAAGAAUCUACAUCCGAGUUGUUCUCUUAUUGAGGGGAACCUUAUGCCUUACGACCUAAUAUUCAUGAUAGAUCAAAUAGAAAAAACACUUUUUAACGUGGAUGAAGCUAAAAUUAAAGAAUACUUCCCCAUUUAUUCCACAAUGAAAGCCAUUUUCAGUAUUUGUGAGUCUUUUUAUGAUCUUACAUUCACCCGAAUUGACAACGGUCACGAGUUAUGGCACAAUGAUGUCUUCACAGUUGUAGUGAAGGAUAAUCGAACCAAUAAGCUCCUUGGGCAUAUCAUUCUCGAUUUGUUUCCACGCGAAGGGAAAUGCAGCCAUGUCUGCUGCUGCUCUGUAAUAUCGCCAGUGCGUAUUAACAACAGCAAGGACGAAUUUUACCCGGGACUUUCGGUGGUAAUUGCUAACUUUUCAGUGGGAACUAAUGACCAGCCUUCAUUAUUUCGACACAGGGAUGUUCAGAUACUUUUUCAUGAAAUUGGACACGGUAUUCACAGCCUCAUGGGCCGUAGCCAGAUGUCAAUGUUCUCUGGGACUCGAGUCAAGCUUGACUUUGCGGAAUUACCCUCUAAAAUUUUUGAAGAAUGGUUGUGGGACACAGAAAUAUUACAAAUGGUUUCGUGCCAUUAUCAAACUAAGGAAGCAUUGUCAAAAGAACUUAUUGAGACUAAGAUUCGCUCUAAAAACGCUUUCAGUGGUUUUAAUACGUUGUGCCAAUUGAUCCACGCGUCUUACUCCCUUAAUAUUUUUGGUAUCCCCUUUUCAGCCCAACCGAUCGUCAGGCUCGAUACCUCUGAGCUUUUACACGAUAUUCAGUCUCGGAGUAUUCCAGGUGUGAGCCACAUGGCGAACACUCACAUGGAAAGUUCAUUUGGCCACUUAAUUUCCCAGGGAGCUAGCUACUAUACGCACAUGUGGUCAGCUGUUUUCGCGUUGGAUAUAUUUCAAUACAUUAAAUUGCACAACGGCCUACUGGAUCCUAAAAUGGGUCGCCGGUAUGUGGAUAGCAUCAUUGGAGUUGGGGGUGGUAGAGAUCCCAACGAAUUACUUCGUGAAUUCUUGGGACGCGAGCCAAAGAAUGAUGCCUUUUUCCAAAGUAUUGGUAUUUAA